CUGUUCCGAUAUGAUUUGUUGUAGUAGUUCAGAAAGAGUGAAUUAAAGAUGAGGGCGACACUUUACCUGUGUAUUUUCCUUGUCAAUCCAGUCGAUUUGGUUUUUCUUUGUUGGGUGCGUCAUAUUUCAAUGCAAUAAAUAAUCGCGAUUGUGUUAUUUUUUUCUUAUCGAUAGGAAAUUAUUCGUAUUAAUAAUACAAGGAAGAAUAUAAUAAAAUGAUUAAAGGGUUAUAUUUUAUAGAUUAUCAUGGAAGACUGUAAAAUGCGUGAAGUAGAAACAACAUUAAUUAUUACUAGAUAGUUAAUUAAAUAUUAAAAAAUGGAAUUUAUUAUUAAAAAAACUACGUGUAAAGAUGGUGUCGAUUCGUGGAAGAAUAAAAAAUGUCUUAUUGAAGAGGCAUUCAAAUCGAUGGACACAGAUUCAGAUGGUUAUUUAAAUUAUUAUGAAACUAAAACAGCUAUGAAAGCUUUGGGGUUAAGAAUAAAUAAAUCUUUUGUUUUAUCGACUAUUCGCAUGUACGAUAAACGUGGUGAUAGCAAAAUUAGUUUUGAUGAUUUUUAUUUCGUCGUAUUUGAAAAGUUGAACAAGCAAAAUCCUAUAGAUCAUCUUAAGUAUGUGUUCAAGAUUUUUACUGCAGAAUCUUUGAUAGAUAAAAUUAGAUUGGAAGAUUUACAAAGAAUUAAUAAUAAAAUUGGCUGUAAUCUGACCAUCGAUGAAAUGCAGCUUAUGAUCAAAGAAUUUGAUAGGAAUCAAGAUGAUUCUAUUGACGAAGCUGAAUUCAUUGAAAUGAUGACUGAGUCAUAAAAUUAAACCAAGUUAUUAGAAAAUUGUAUGGAAAAUUAUAUUAUUUAUUUCAUCGGU